AUAAAUCUAACUCUCCUUGGCUAUAUAUAUAGCAAUUGAGUGUGGAAAAAGGAGUUGUAGAAAUAAAAAAACAAAAAAUAAAUAAAACCAAAACAUGGCAAGUGAAGAGCUUAUGAGUUGCAGAGACAAGAGAUGGUCUCUCAAGGGCAUGACUGCUCUUGUCACUGGUGGUACCAGAGGCAUCGGAUAUGCCAUAGUGGAAGAACUAGCAGGAUUUGGAGCUGUUGUACAUACAUGCUCUAGGAACCAGAAAGAGAUUGAUGAGAGGUUAAAAGAAUGGGCAGGUAAGGGAUACAAAGUGAGUGGUUCAGCUUGUGACUUGUCAUCAAGAGCUCAACAGGAGGAGCUGAUGAAAACCGUGUGUUCUGUCUUUGAUGGCAAGCUCAACAUCCUUGUGAACAAUGCAGCAUCAACACUACUCAAACAUGCUACAGAGAACACUGCUGAAAAUUUCUCAAGUUUAAUGGCACUUAAUGUUGAGUCCCCAUUUCAUUUGUCCCAACUUGCACAUCCUCUCUUGAAAGCAUCUGGAAAUGGAAGCAUUGUUUUCAUUUCCUCAGUUGCUGGUGGGACUGCUCUACCUGCAAUUUCAGUCUAUGCUGCUGGUAAAGGAGCAAUAAAUCAGCUAACAAAAAACUUGGCUUGUGAAUGGGCAAAGGACAACAUUCGCACCAACACUGUGGCACCAUGGGCUACCAAAACCACCAUCACCAGUCCUGAGGUUGUUGAAUCAUCCAUUGUAGAUGCAUAUGCAGAGCUAAUGUUGCGAACUCCUCUCCGCCGCAUGGCAGAGCCUGAAGAGGUUUCAUCACUAGUCGCAUUCCUUUGCCUUCCUGCGGCUUCAUACAUCACCGGUCAGAUCAUUUACACUGAUGGUGGAUACACAGCAGGUUCUUUCUAGUCCAGCCACUGAUAUCCAGAAGAGACAUCAAAGAUGGCAAUUCAUGUUUUGGCUAUUCCUCCCUAUGGUACUGUUGUUUUAGCAUCCAUUUAAAUAAGCUUCUAGUACUCAUACCCAAAAUACAAAAACAAAAUAACACAUUCAAUGCACGAGACUUCUACAUGGUAGUGCUCGUGUAAGCUUAAGGUUUCAAUCUUUUGAUCAAUGUUCGUUGCGAUUGAUAAUAUUUUGGAGUUUUUAAAGUUCUUUAUUUUUCUUGAAAUUCGCAGUUACUAGUUUGAGAAUGAUUGUUGGUUGAAAUAAAAGCUUGAAGACUAUAUGGAAA